AUGGACUACUACUGUAGCGAAGUAGUUCAUGGCAUCAGGGUUACCGGUGCAUGCACCUCUAAUUUUGUUGUACAGAUAGAGGGAACGCCACAGAGUGAUAUCGAAUUACCGGUUAAUUCACCUGUGCAAUUGUGGAAGCUAAAACAUCGAGACUAUAUUGUCAAUUAUGGCAAAAGUAAAGACGAUUAUGAAUACUGUAUGUCGGAAUAUCUUCGAAUCAAUGGUGUCUACUGGGGGAUUACAGCUCUUUGCUUAUUAGAUCAACUCGAUCAAUUGAAUAAAACUGAAGUUAUAGACUUUGUGAAAUCAUGCCAGCAUCCAUCAAGCGGAUUUGGCGCUAGUCCCAAUCAUGAUCCGCAUAUCUUAUCUACUUUAAGCGCAAUCCAGAUCUUAACAAUUUAUGAUGCGGUCGAUGAAAUCGAUGUAGAUGGUGCCGUCAAUUUUAUUCAUUGUCAACAGCAGAAUGAUGGCUCGUUUUCUGGCGAUAAAUGGGGUGAGAUUGACAAUCGGUUCUCCUUUUGUGCUCUAGCUUGCUUAUCGUUGCUUGGACGUUUAGAUGCUAUCAAUGUCGAUAGUGCUAUCGAUUUUAUCUUAAAAUGUAUGAAUUUUGAUGGAGCGUUUGGUUGUAAGCCUGGUUCGGAAUCCCAUUCUGCUCAAGUCUAUUGCUGUGUAGGAUCACUAGCAAUCACAGGACGCCUUCAUCAUCUAAAUAUUGAUGCAUUAGGCUGGUGGUUAAGUGAAAGACAACUUCCUUCUGGCGGAUUGAAUGGCAGGCCUGAGAAGUUACCUGAUGUAUGCUAUUCAUGGUGGGUUUUAUCAUCAUUGGCUAUUAUCGGCAAAUUACAUUGGAUUAACAAAGUAAAAGCAAUUUUAUCAAGAGAUAAUAUCUUUCGUCAUUGCCCUGAAAAUUUAUUAUUGAAUCAUAUCCUGUUGACUAAAAUUAAUGAUAUUUUGCAACUAUUGUUCUUCUUUUUGAUUGUAAAGGAGAAAUUAAUUAACUUCAUCUUAGCUUGCCAAGAUAAAGAAACUGGAGGAAUUGCAGACAAGCCUGGCGACUUAGUUGAUCCAUUCCACACUUUAUUCGGUAUUGCUGGGUUAUCAUUACUUGGGGAUACGACCUUAAAACAAGUUAAUCCUGUCUAUUGCAUGCCAGAAGAAGUUAUACAAAAACUUAGGUUAAAAGUCCAGAUGCUAAAUUAA